CUGCUCACUUUCGAGAAGGACGCCAUAAAAGUUUGCAACGAAGAACGAAGCGGGCCAUAUUUUUGAUCCUUUAGGCCUGAAAACAGCCAAAAACUGUGACAAUUCCCAUCCAGCUAGUCUCAACACAGUGAUCCGGACUAGUCAAUAUAGAUAACUGCUCAAAAGAACGAACGGUGAGAUAUAUCAGGGAGAUUUUGUGAUACGCGACUACGGAAAAAAAUCCCCACCUUGCGAAAUAUAAAGGCAUCAGCUGGUGACUCACUGCCGUUUCAUCAACUCAAAUCCUUCCAGAACGGAAUACCAGUUUCUUCCACUGAAGUCGCAACACUGCGAGAACAUAAAAAUAGCAACACGAUGAAAAAUGAAUUAGGAUGUGCGGUGGACUUUCUCACAAACUUUGUCAGAAAAAAUGCCGACGUAAGUACCAACCAGACCGAAGUCUUUAGCAGGACUUUAUUGAAGCUCCUCAAAAACCACUAUCAGAAUCACUGGUUCCCAGCCAAACCCACGAAAGGAAGUGCAUACAGAUGUAUACGAAUUAACGGCCAAAUGGACCCUCUGGUACAUCAAGCUGGGGCAGACUGCGAAUUGACUGGUGAGAAAUUACGAUCAGUGUUUCCAAGCGAGCUAACACUUUGGGUCGACCCCGGAGAGGUGUCGUACAGAAUUGGAGAAGAAGGCAGCAUUGGAGUUUGUUACGAGGAAGAAAAGCCUCAGGUAGAGUCACAACCGACAGCAUCUCCCUCAGCGUCCCCUGUGCCAAACUCCACCGCGUCCCCUGCCAGAUCCCCCAUCCCCGAAUUCCAGUCCCUCGCCAUGGAUUACUCCGGGAAUUUCUACUCGCCAAACAUGACAUCGGGAUGGGAUACGUAUGCACCGUGGUCUUGCAGGGACCAGUAUAACCGCAACUACUCAACCAGUUCCCCUCUCAACUUCAACAUGGACUUCGCCAAUAGUAGCUUCUCUCGCCAACUCGCCGGAUUCGUGUCGAGUUGAUUCCGAUUUCUCGUACCGCCAAGCAUUUUUGAAAAAGAAGGGUGAAAAACGGAAUCGUCGAAGGACAAGAGCUACGCACAUUACAUAAUCAUGAAUUGUUAAAACAGGUGACUUUUUUCUCUCAGAUAUUCCAUUUGAAUGUGUUCACAAAGGACAGGACUUCAUAGUUAAUCAAUCUGGGUUGAGCUACGGCCAUAACUCGUGUUGCCAUGAACUUUGUCAACACGCAAAGGACCAAGGAAUAAAACUUGACUGUUAAAGGUUCCAGUAUUAUAAACUUUGCAGCUUUAUGAACUCACUAUACAGAUCAACGCAAUAAUAAUUCCGUAUUGUUAUUAUGUAUAUCUUAAUACAGUAACAUUUCUUUUGUAGUUGUAACGUUUGUAAAAAGGUUGUAAAAAUGUAAAUUGUAAAGUUGUAAAGUGUAUACUUAUUUUUUCUGACAGUGUACAGGAAUUUGAGAUGGUGCAGAUUUUAAUGUUUUUUUUCUCAGAUUUUGAUCUCCGGGUAUUACCAAUAGGCUAAUGCCGUCCGAUAGUGUAGACCCGAUCUCUUGCAAUCAUGUUACUAUUAUUGUUCUUAUCUGUACAGAUGUAAAAAGAGAUUUUAAACAAAUGCUUAUUUUUAUCCGUCUGUACAGACGCCCUUAUGAGAAAGAAAAAACUUGUUUUCUUUAAUAAAAAAAAUGUGAAAUUGUUAUCAAUAAAUAUCGUGCCUCAUGGAGGUCUCCAUUGCAAAGAAAAUGA